UAAACUAUAUAUCCGUGGUCACAGUAUAAGAUGGGAAACGUUAAAUAUAUAUUGAAUUAAAGCAGUAUUCGUAUACGCGCACGCACGCUCUCUAUCUAUCAAGAGAUAAAAUCGACUUGAUAAAGAUUUCAUUCAUUGCCAAUUAGCGAUUCGAAUAUCCUAAGAUUUGUUCGCGAAGGUCAACUAGCUAAGAUCUUCGAUCGUCGCCAUCGUCGUGGCGCUUGACUCCGCGUGUAGGCAUAAAAGAGACACGAGAAUCGCUCGAGAAAGGGACCUUAAUCAAAGUGAGCGGUUUAUAAGAGGGCGCCCGACAAAUGUUUCACUCACAGUUCACCGAGCAGAGUCCCGCGAGCAAAGGCAAACGGGAUAAGGCAAACGUCGCUCCUUCAUUAUCUUUACAUUUGCGCGAUCUAUCCUUUUGUCAAAAAUAUCUCGUCGUAGAGAGGAUUUUUUUCAAUCGAUAUUCAUCAAAGUGCAUCUUGACCAAGGAAACGAAUCAAAGAAUUGAGAAAUCGAGCCGACUUUCUAUGUUCUUCUGCACUUUUUUUCCAAAGUGUUUUUUUUUUUUUUUUUUUCUUUCCUCAUUACGUAAACGAACAAGGAGGAGCUAACUAACGCGAUAUUCGCGUGAUUAAAAUCGACUCGACCGUUCGUUGUAAAUAAUAUUUGACGCGUAUGAUACCCGGAUUAGAAUGCGUUAGAAAAGAUACGGUGGUAAACCGGAGGUGAGGUGUUAAAAGAAACCAACGUAAUUUCGUUUACCUAUCAGAAAUUUCUUCUAUCUAAUAACCUUUUACUCUUUGAAUGAAUGCGUCGUUAAAGCGGCAUAUCGCGGAUAUAAGAGAAAUUGCUAUUCGGUCGAGUUGAGUCAUCGCCGACAAGAAGAGAUUCUACUUCAAUGGCAUUUAAUUAGGAUAAAAAAGAUGGAAAUAAGUUAAACGGACGAACGUCUUGUGGGUUUGUCGCGAAUGGAACGACAACGGAAAGAAAUCCGAAAUGCUUGGGCACCGACAUUGAUAUCGCAAAGAUCGAGAAAAAUCGAGAAGCAAGAGUGACGGUGAAACUCGAAGAGACAAUCUAUUGAUAAUAAAGAUCGGAAGGAAAUUUCAAUACUUUUGCGUCAUCACCAUGACGCUCGAUAAAAGCGAAGAAAAUCAGUCCAUGUUGCAAUACAGUUCGAGAGAUUAUAGCAAAAUCUCCAAAACUAAGGAUAUCUACGAAGACAUCGAAAAUAACAACAGCUGUACAAACUUGGACGAUUUAUACAAGGUGGAAAAUGUCGUAACUCGAUACACGUCGAAUCGAAAAGCUGUCUUUGCACAGUGCUUGGUAGCCGGUGCAGUUUUGCUAUUGGCAGCUGGUGCCGGCAUGCCCAUCGGUUACAGCGCUGUACUUUUGCCACAAUUGUCCGCAGAAAAUGCGACUGUGUACGUGGAUCGUGAGCUUGGAUCGUGGAUAGCAUCGGUCCAUAGUUUGGCGACUCCGAUAGGAUCGCUCCUCUCGGGUCCGUUUCUCGAUACAUUAGGCAGACGAGGAUGUCUGCAAUUAUCGGCGAUACCACUUUGCCUCGGGUGGAUAGUGAUGGGUUUUGCAAAAAACAUUCCCGCUUUGCUCGUCGGCCGAAUCGUAUCCGGUUUCGCAGUAGGAUUUAUGGGUGUACCGAGUCAGGUACUAGUAGGAGAGACCGCCGAUCCAGGACUACGUGGAAUUUUAGUGGCCAGUUCUUUCGCGGCCUACAGUUUUGGUAUACUUUUGAUUUAUGCUUUUGGUGCAUCCUUCGAAUGGAACGUCGUUGCUUUUUGCGGCACCGUUUUACCCGUCGUUGCAUUUAUCUCCUUCUCAUUCGUACCGGAAAGUCCCGCUUGGUUGAUCAGAGAAGGAAAGAUCGAAAAAGCGAGAAGCGCUUUAUUGUGGCUGAGAGGAGGCGACAUAGAACGGAUGAACACGGAAAUUGCUAUAUUGGAAGCCAGAGGGAAACUCGACAUUGGAGAGAAAUCAUUAGGAACGUCAUUCGGUCAACGAGUCUCCUCGACGUUAUCCAUUAUCGUUAGUCCUAACGUGCUCAAACCGUUGUCCAUUAUUAAUAUCUUCAACGCUUUGCAAUUAAGCAGCGGGACGUACGUAAUAGUAUUCUACGCGGUGGAUCUCGUAGGAGACAUCGGUGGCAAGAGUGUGGAUAGUUAUGUAGCCGCAAUAAUAACGGCAUUGACAAGAUUCUUUUUCAGUCUGCUAGCUUGCGUCUUAUUACUUAAAAUUGGCAGACGAAGUCUUGGUAUUUUUUCAGCGAUAGGCACGAGCUUGGCUUCGCUCGUACUCGUUGCGUAUACUUCGUUAAAGAGCGAAGAAUCCGAUAUGGAUGCAUACGUUCUUGGUAUAUGUUUGUUUGCUUACGUUGGCGCCAACACCGUAGGCUUGUUUACCCUUCCCGGCUUGAUGAUCGGUGAAUUGUUACCGCAAAACGCUCGUGGCAUCGCCGGUGGUUUCAAUUUCUUUAUUUUCAACUUUUUACUAUUCCUUGCGACCAAAUCUUUUCCAACGAUAAAUAAUGCGGUAGGCAUAACCGGUGCCUUUGCUAUUUUCGGUAUAUCCGCUUUGUUAGAGGCAAUUUUCGUUUAUGUUGCACUACCCGAAACGAAGAAUCGUACGUUAGAAGAGAUCGAGGAUUAUUUUAAGCAAAGUAAUCUCCUUUGGAUAACCAGAUCGAGAGGACAAAGGCGGAACGAUGGAAUUAUCCUGAGGCACGCUUAAUAUCUCCAUCAUUUCGUCCCGUCGUGUGUAAAUAAACGCGUCCUUUAAUUUAUAUCCAUUUCGAUAACUUCUUUACGAUAUUAUAUAUAUAU